AUGAAGAUCGCUUACGUUCUCGCUGCUCUGGCUUCCACUGCCGUUGGUGCCCCCGUCCUGGACAACCGCGGACUCCUCGAUGGCCUGCUCGGCAAUUUGCCCAUCCUCUCCAACCUUGGUGACCUCAACGGCCUUCUCGGUGGCCUUCUGGGCAACCUUGGUAGCAACAGCAAAUUGCCCCUGACUGACGCUGUCAGUGGUGCGACUGGCACCGGAGCCAUCCCCUCCGGUGUUCCCACUCCCUCGACCGGCACCAUUCCCGCUGGUGUCCCCAGUGCUGGUGGUAGCACUGGCAAGCUCCUCCAAGACCUUGCCCCUCAGCUGAACAACGUCCUCGUUGUGACCGGCCCCAACGUCGGAACCCUCCUUGUCCAGGUUGGCCCUCAAGUUGGCGCUGUCGUCUCUGGUCUCGGUCUCCCCGCCCUCGGCGUUCCUCUCGGCAACGUUGUUGCCUCUGCCUCCUCCCUCGGCGAGCUCAUCGCGGACCUUGGACCCGAGGUCGAUGGUCUCGUCACCGUCGUCGGCCAGGAUGGCGGUGCUCUCCUCAUCUCUCUUUCCACCCCUCUCACUGGUCUCAUCACCGGCCUUGGCCUCCCUGGCGUUGCUGUCCCUGUCGGUACCGUCGUUGCUAUCGUUGGUAACGGUCUGUAA